AUGAAAGAGUCCGAAGAAAAGGAUCCGAAUGACGAAAAAUUUGUGAAUGAAAAAAAAUUACAUUUUUUACUUCCGAAUCGCUAUUCCAUGAAUUCUGAGGUUGUUGAUGACCCGGACAUUGAAAUUGUAGAAAAAGAUGACGUUAUAGUUAAUCAAACUGAUACUGAUUUUGUUGAAACAUUACCUUUUCAACACAACGAAAAUAAUCUCCAACAUUCCGAUUUGGGAAAUCUCGCUACUGGACCUUGCCGUCCUGUUUUAAAUAUUUAUAAACAAACUAGAUUUGGUUCGCAAAACAGAUCAUUUAGUAGCCAAUGGUAUAAACAAUAUACUUGGUUGGAGUAUAGUAUGAAAAGCAACGCAGCAUUUUGCUAUGCAUGUAGAAUGUUUGCUGAUGAACUUAUUGAUGAUGUUUGGACAAAAAAAGGAUUUUCAAACUGGCAAAAACUUAAUGAAAAACUGAAAAAACAUGACAAAACAAAGCGACAUUUAGUUUGUGUAUCUAAGAUGUCUGGGUACUUGGCUUGUAAGAAAUCUGGUUCUGUUAUGGUAAAGCAGUGUAGUGGCUAUAAGGAACAAGUGGCCAAAAACCGUACCUAUAUUGGUACGCUUAUUGACAUCAUAUUAUUUUUGGGGAAACAAGGUAUUGCCUAUCGAGGCCACAGAGAAGAUGCAGAUUCUCUAAACCAAGGUAAUUUUAAGGAAUUAUGUAAAUUAUUAUCAAAUUAUCAGCCGGAUUUCAAAAUCAAAUUUGAUGAAACAACAAAUUAUACUAGCUGGUCUAUUCAAGAUCAAUUAAUUCAAUUGUGUGCAGAGGAUAUCAGAGAAACUAUUGUAAAAGAAAUUGAAAAGAUUGGUUUUUUUGCUUUAAUGUGCGAUGAAGCUAGAUGUUAUAGAGAAGAACAAUUGUCAAUUUGUGUGAGAUACACCAUUGACUUGGAUGUAUAUGAAAGAUUUUUGUGUUUUGUUGAUGUUUCAAAAGGACAAACUUCCAACCAUAUUGUCACUGCACUGUUUGAAUGUUUUGAAAAACAAAAACUGACUAUGUCUAAAAUCAAAAUAAUUGCACAAUCAUAUGAUGGCGCCAGUGUUAUGUCUGGACACUUACGCGGUGUUCAAUCAAGAAUUAAAGAACACUAUCCAUACGCUAUAUACACUCACUGUAUGGCACACCGCCUUAAUUUAGUAGUUGUAGAUACAUGUAAGACAAUAAAGAAUGCAAAAAAUGUUUUUAAUAUGCUUGAAGCAAUAUAUGUACACUUUUCGCAACCAUCAAAAAAUAAAAAAUUAUGUGAAAUGCAAAGAAAUUUAGGAUUAAAUAAAGGAAAUGUAUUAAGAAUAUGUGAUACAAGAUGGGUGUGCAGAUAUAAAAAUUGUGUUGCAAUGUUGAAAAAUUAUUCUAGCAUUCUUAAUAUUCUCAAUGAUGAAAUCGAAGAACAAAUAGAUAAAGAUGUAGCACGUGCAUUAGGUAUUUUAAGUUCUAUUAAUAAAUUAGAAUUUAUAAUAGUUCUUCAUAUAUUGAAUGAAGUGUUAUCCAUUAUAAAUGUUUUAAGCAAUCAACUUCAAUCUAAAUCUGCUACCUUGGGAACAUCAAGUAAUAUAAUUCAAAGUGUAAUUUCUACUUUUGAAAAUCAGAGGAAUGAAGAUAGUUUUUUUAAGCUUUGGGAACAAAUUAAGGAAUUUGCACAGUUAAACCAAAUAACAUUGGAAUUAUCAAACUCUGGAACAAAAUCUAAACGUAAACGCCAAGAGCCACAUCACUUACAGAGCUAUAAUCUUGAGACCUUAACUGGACAACAAAGUUCAUAUUUCAUUAAUCAUUACAAGGAUGUUGUAAAUAUUGAUUUAAUGUCAUUAAAAGCUGAAAUGUUGCUGACAAGAAAUUGUAUACAAAAUAGAAAUUUGGAUUUUGAUAUACAAGGAAUAAAGAAAGUGGUGACUAAAGAUGUUUUUCCAAAUUUAUUUAAACUUAUUCAAGUAGGAUUGACAAUUCCUAUAAGCUCGGCUACUUGUGAAAGGUCUUUUUCGUCGAUGCGUCGUAUAAAGAAUUGGCUUAGGACAAGUAUGGGACAAUCGAAAUUUACCGAUUUGUCAGUUAUCAGUAUUGAGAGAGAUCUUAGCACUAAAAUUGAUAAAGAUAAAAUUAUAAAUAACUUUGGUUUGACUCAAAGACGUAUAUCUUUAAUAUAA